AAAUAGGAGUAUUUCAUAAUCGUUGCUCUUGACUAUCUCUAUAUGCUGACAACUAUACUUCAAUUCUGCAUCAGCCACCAAUUACUUGCAUAGCUGAUCAAGUUUGAUUAGAAUACCGACUGAUUCCUGUGAGUUGAACUACUCAACUACCUACGCAUCAAAAUUGAGUUGAUAUUUGUUUGUUGAUGCUCAUCUAAUUCAAGCCACUUCGAUUUCCGGCGACAUCGACUAUUACGUCAGAAAUAUAGUAGUAGCCUCUUUGUUGCCCCUGAAUGUAUGUUUAGCUUGCAAUUUUAGAGUUGAUGAUAAGAUUGGUUUCCGAUCAGCGCUUGAGUGGCAGAGCAAUCAUUUUAUCUUUGGAUCUCAACUCUUGUGGAGUAAUUGUUUGAGAUAUACAGAAGAUUCUGGAGCUAGUUGUUUGUGGCUUAUCUCUUCAACAAUUUAAUUUAUCGUGUGAUAAAGAUGGUUGAAUUCGGGAAAAGGUUGAAGGAAAGACAAAUCCAAGAAUGGCAAAGAUUCUACAUCAACUACAAACUAAUGAAGAAAAAAGUUAAGCAGUACACUACUCAAAUUGAAUCUGGAGCAUUGGAUCACCGAAACGCUCUCAAGGAUUUCUCAAGAAUGCUGGAUACUCAGAUUGAAAAAAUUGUUCUAUUUAUGUUAGAACAACAAGGCAUUCUAGCAAGCAGGAUUUCCCAGCUUAACAAGGAACAGGACUCUCUUCAAGAGGAGCCUGAUAUUUCCAAAAUAUCUGAUCUACGUGAAGCCUACAGAGAAGUGGGGCGAGAUCUCUUGAAGCUACUCUUUUUUGUUGAAAUGAAUGCCAUUGGUCUGCGGAAGAUCCUUAAGAAGUUUGAUAAGCGACUGCGAUACAAGUUCACCGAUUACUAUGUGAAAACACGUGCGAACCAUCCUUAUUCCCAACUUCAGCAAGUCUUCAAGCAUGUGGGACUUGGAGCUGUUGUUGGAGCAAUUUCUCGAAAUCUUGGAGAUCUUCAAGACCGUCAGGGAAGCUACUUAUCUAUAUACGACCAGCCCGCUCUUCCACUCCAGGAUCCUGUCGUUGACGCCAUAAAAGCAGCUUCCGACAGAUUAACACACUCUACACAUUUUCUCAACUUUUUGGCACAACAUGCAUUUAUCAUGCAUGAAGAGUUGCCUUCUGCUGCCGAGGAACCUCCAAGUGAAGAAAGAUAUCAUUUCAUGUCACUUCUUCUAAACUUAGCAAGCACAUUUCUCUACAUGAUCAAUACAUACAUUAUUGUACCGACAGCUGAUGAUUACUCUAUGAGCCUUGGGGCAGCACCGACAGUCUGUGGUGUUAUAAUUGGAGCAAUGGCGAUCGCACAGAUAUUUUCCUCUGUGUAUUUGAGUGCUUGGUCUAACAAGUCAUACUUUGGACCUCUUGUAUUUAGCAGCUUAGUUCUUUGUGCAGGAAAUGUUAUGUAUGCAAUGGCUUACGAUGUCAAUUCAAUAGCUGUACUUCUGAUUGGAAGACUACUUUGUGGGUUGGGUUCUGCCAGAGCAGUUAACCGACGUUACAUUAGCGACUGUGUGCCACUUAAAUAUCGCAUGCAGGCCUCAGCAGGGUUUGUCAGUGCUAGUGCUCUAGGAAUGGCAUGUGGCCCGGCAUUAGCCGGGUUACUUCAAAUCAAAUUCAAGAUCUAUAAAAUCACUUUUAAUCAGGAGACUUUGCCUGGUUGGGUGAUGGCUGUGCUUUGGUUAUUGUAUCUAGUGUUGCUGUGGAUCACAUUUAGGGAACCUGCUCGUGAUACCGAAGUCGAUCCCAUCCCGCAGGAACCCAACACCGAAGAACAAGUCUCUCUUGAGAUUGGUCCUGCACAACCAUUACUUCUGAAGUCAAUUGAGAAUGAAGAAGAUGAAGAGGGGGAUGAAGAAAGUGAGGAGGCUUCAGAGGAAUCUCGCCGACCAGCCAACUCACUAGCAUCAGCUUACAGGCUGCUUACACCUUCUGUAAAGGUUCAAUUGCUUAUUUACUUUAUGCUCAAAUAUGCUAUGGAGAUCCUACUUUCAGAAUCAAGUGUUGUUACAACAUACUAUUUUGGUUGGACCACAAGCACCGUGUCCAUAUUUCUUGCCUGUCUAGGUCUAACAGUUCUACCGGUAAACAUUGUUGUUGGGAGUUACAUAAGCAACAUGUUCGAGGACAGGCAAAUAUUGAUGGCAUCUGAAAUUGUGGUCUUCCUGGGUAUACUAUUCAGCUUCAACUUUAUUGUCCCAUAUUCUGUGCCACAAUAUGUCGUAGCAGGCCUAGUCAUGUUUGUCUCUGCUGAAGUGUUGGAAGGAGUCAAUUUGUCUCUCCUGUCCAGAGUAAUGUCGUCGAGACUUUCCCGGGGGACGUACAAUGGUGGCCUUCUGUCGACCGAAGCUGGGACGCUUGCGCGAGUUGUUGCUGAUGCGACGAUCACCCUUGCCGGGUUCAUAGGGGAGAGUAAGCUCUUAAACAUCACCCUACUUCCUUCCCUAGUGAUUUGCAUCGCCUCCAUUGUUGCUACAUGCUGCACAUACAACAGUCUGUAUUAGCCACAGCAUCACCUCUAUUGUUGCUAUGUUUGGCCUACCACACUAGGCCAAAUUAAAGUCAUCCUAGUACCUCAAGAGAAUGUUAUAUAUGCAUUCAAGUAUGUAGAGAUAAAUGGUGUGCCAUUGAUUAUUAUAUAUGUCUUUUUGGUUGAUAUUUUAUAAUGUAAUUAGUAUCUUUGUAUUCAUCUUGGAAGUCUCUUUAACUGGAAUUUUCAGUUUGUAUUGUAUAUUUAAUUAUUUAUCCUUGUAAGUCUUGAAAUGUGAUGGGACCUUUCAUAUUUUCCACAA